AUGAAGGAAGCCGAAGAAUUCCCAAGAAACUCCUUGACAAGCAGAAAGGCAUGUGUCUAUACAAUAUCUCAUGCGAUGGGACUUUAUGGGGAACAUCGCAAGCAGAUCUUAAGGGAACUUGCGGUUAGAGAGGUCCAGAAGAGAAUAACCAAUAAGAUACUUGGAAGGAAAGAUGAUGAUUUUGACUUAAUUUUUCUUAAGAGCCGUCAUGAUACCUCUAUGGAUGGAGUCUGUUGUAUGUCAAGCGAUGAUGAGUGUUUUUCUUCCAGUAAACAAAUGGAAGACCAAGAUGAAACCGAGGCCCAACCGUUGCAUCAUUCUUCUUCAUCGAGUUUGGGUUCAAGUUCAGAAGCAAAGUCCAAGUCUGGGAAGUCCAAAGGAUUUAAAAGAUUCAUAGACUUGGAAGCAAAAACAUCUGAGGAUGGAGAAUCCUCCUAUGAAGAGGAUGGAGGUGAUUCCGAUGCCCUGUCGUUUAUUGCCUCGUCCGAUGAAGACUAUGAAGAACCUUCCAAGAAGCACAACCACGACAUGUUAGAGAUAAACAGAAACAUACUGAGAAAGCUCAAGAAAAGGUUUAUCCGGAAGCCUCGGAACAGGGUCUUCUUUGGGGAGGAGGAUUAUACAGAAAAAGCUUCUAGUGAAGAAGCAAUAGAAGACGAAGACAUGGAUGUCUCGGAGAAUACCGUUGAGGACAUUGUGGAAAGUUUUGUGUUUCCAAAAGAGGAGGUGGAAUAUCCGCCCGAGGCAAGAUGCUCUUUUACCAAAUCAGAGCAAGUGGAGUUUGUUGAAGAUAUCAAGAUUGCGGAAAAGAAGUUAGGAGAGGGUCAAUACACAUGGGAUUCCGGGGCCAAUGGAGGCAAGUAA